AUGCUGUUGAAUAGAUUGGAGAAGGUGAUUCAUAAGAUCAUAUCGGCGAAUCAACCAGCUUUCAUUAGAGGCCAUUCCUUGUCUGAGCAUGUGCUGUUGGCCCAAGAAGUCUUCAACAAAUUCCGGUAUUCUAAAGCAAAAAAAAGUCUAUUGGCUAUCAAGAUUGACAUGGAGCAAGCAUACAAUAGCAUGAGAUGGAAAGCGCUAAGUCUUAGUAGAAGUGGAUUGGGGAUUUCUAUUACUCCUAAUGCUCCUAGAAUUUCUCAUUUACUCUACGCCGAUGAUAUCUUAAUAUUCUCGGAAGCAAAUGUUAGGGAGGUGAAGGAGUUGAAGAACAUUGUUAUCAAUUAUUGCAAUUGGUCGGGUCAAAAUGUUAACCACUCCAAAUCUAUGAUUUUAUUUGGGAAGCACAUUAACCAGAGGAGGAAGAAUAAAAUUACUAAGGUUCUUCGGUUCAAGGUGUUGAAAGAGCUUUGUUAUCUUGGUGUUAAGAUAACUUUAAGGAGGAUGGUGGCUUCGGAUUUCCAUAAGCUUCUGGAGGUGGCUUUUAAUAAGUUGAGCACUUGGGGGAAGAAUUGCAUUUCAUUGGAAGGGAAGUUGGUACUAGUUAAAUCUGCAUUCCUUUCUCUACCAUUGUUUUUGUCUUCCCUUUCAUUAGUACCAUUAUCUAUUCUCAAAGAAUUUGACAAAAUGUGUAGAAGCUUUUUAUGGAAUAAAAGUAGUGGAAAUGUUGGAAUGCAUUAUGUAUCUUGGGAGCUAUUGUGUAAACCAAAGAAUGAAGGUGGCCGUGGACUGUUCUCAGCGGUUUCCAAGGAUGGGCCUCUUUGGGCUAAGUUUGCUUGGGAUUUCUUCAUGAAGCCUAAUUCUUUACUCAACCGGAUUAUUAGAGGCAAGUAUGGAAGUGAUUUAUGGUCUAUUCCGGUGAAAAAUGGCUGUUCUCCUACAUGGAAGAUUAUUACCAAUAGGGCUUAUUAUCAUAGAAACAUUGUUAGAUUGAAAGUCUCUAAUGGUAAUUCUAUUAAUUGGUUGCAUGAUUCUUGGAUUUUAGAUGAAUGCAUUUCAAAAUGGCCUACAUUUAUUAAUAAUUUGGAACCAAGGGAUUAUAAGCUUAGCUACUUCAUAUUGGAGGGAGAGUGGAAUGUGAAUCAGCUGCAGAAUUUCUUUGGGAAGCAACUAUUGGAUCUUAUUCUACAGAUUCCUAUAGGAGCAGAGGGGACAACAGAUCUAAUUGAGCUGAAAUCAAAGGCUGCAGAGAAAUCAAUUAUUGCUUUGUCCCUAGAAGCACUGAAUGAUCAUAAUUCUGAAGUUUGUCACUGGAGAUGGAUGAAAAAGUUAAAAAAUGAGACCAAGAGUAGAGCUCGUUUGGUGGAGACUUACAAUGAAGCAAUUCUUUCAAAUGCUUUUCUAGUGAAGAGAAGAUUAUCCAAUUUUUCAGGUUGUCCGAGAGGUUGUGAUGAGGAGGAGGAUAGCAGUCAUAUUGCUGGAAGAUUUGUGAAAUUUCAGAGGAUUAUUAUCUUACUAAACAAAUGGGGAUUCAAAGUUCCGUUGUUUGAAGAUCUUACAGCAUGCUUGGACGGAUGCAAGUUGGUUCAUGAAGGAAUUGAAAACUCGGAUAAUGUAAUUGCAGCAAAUACCGUUUCGAUGGCCACGUUGAGCAAUUUUAUCAGCUUCUAUCCGGACAACUACGACGUCAAUCAGCACUUGAUGUUUACCUCUUGGUGUCCUCCUCCACCCGGAUGGAUAAAGAUAAGCAUUGAUGCUUCAGUAAAAAGCAAUAACUUGGCAGGGAUUGGAGGUGUGGUGAGGGAUAAUAAAGGUAGAUUUUUGAUAGCAUUUGGAGCCCAAUAUUUGCAUUGGGAUAUAGCUCAAAUGGAAUUGAUGGCUGUUUACUACUUGAAAAGUAUUAUGCGGGAUUGGAUGUAUGAAGCUCAAGGUGUGAUUAUAGAAGGAGAACUUCAACAUCAUUAA